ACACCUGUUCACACUGAGGGUAUCCGCAAGGACUGUCCGUUACCGGUCACUGUAACGUCACUGCGACUUUACUUUAGCGCAGCUUAGCUUAAUUUAGUUUAGCUUAGCUUAGCUUCUGUGAAACCCAUCUGCGUGCGCACAGUGCGCAUGAGUGGCGACUUAAGGAGCGGCAAGGUUAGGGGUCAGAGCCUGGACUCUAAGUGAAAAUGUUGAGGAGGAAACCGACUCGUCUGGAGCUUAAGAUCGACGACACUGAGGAGUUCGAGAGCAUCAAGAAGGAGCUUGAGGCCAGAAAACGUCAGCGAGAGGAGGCAGAGUCGGGAGGUGGAGUGGGUGGGGGAUCUGUAAUUGGUGUUGAUGUAAUUGGGGGUGGAGCCUCUGCCUCAGCAUCGUCCUCCACAGCUGCAUCAAGGGCAGAGCUUAUCAAUGAGCGAAUCGGCUACAAGCCCCACCCUAAACCGGCGACCCUGCCGACCUUAUUUGGAAGUUUACAGUUUUAAUGAUGAAUAAAGUUUGAGCAGAAAAAUCUUUGGA